CGGUAUGGAAGACGAGGAUGAAAUGCGGAGUCAAAGUGAGCCGACGGAGGUUGACCCGAUCGUCUCGUCGUCCGUCUCCGCUCGGACCACAAAGUGUUGGAUGAAGCGUGGGAGGAGCGACGAGAGCAACACAAACCUCCUUUCCUCCUCUACUCCUCCUUCUUCUCCGGCUGUCAUAUACCCACGAGCCUCAGGCAAUGUUCCUAGCUCGUCUCGUCAAUUCGGGAGCAGCUAGGCUCAAAGAGGAACGACAAAGGCUCACCGCAUCGGCCUCGCCUUCAUCGCGAAGUGCAUCGUCGUCAUCAGCCGCCUCAAAAUCUCGACCACAGGGAGGCGACCCUCUUCUCACCUUCAUCGACGACUACAACGUCCUCAACUCGCAUCUGAAGUCGCCAGAUCAAGCUGCAAUUCAUCAUGGCAUCUCGCGCACUGACAUUCCGCAACGUCUGGAGAGUAUGGCUGCCGCCCUCGUAUCUGAGGCCAUCGGGUCAGGCCACGAAGCCAUCGAUGGGAUGGGCAUGUGCAUGGAGUAUAUGCAGAAAAAGGAGGUACUUGCCACAAUCGUACAGGCAGCCAUCAAGAACAGACCACAGGGAGUGAUAGUCGAGGCAGUCAAGUUCUUUCAGACCUUGGUGGCCAACCUCGACGCGAGAUUCUUGAGCCAGCAGGCCGUGAAUAAGCCCCUGGUCAGACUCAUAAGGAAUUGCGUAGAUGACGAUGACGUCGACUCUGCGUGGGGCAACGAUGCCGAUGGUUUCGAAGACGAUGAUGACGAGGGCGAUAUUGGCGGCUCCUCACAGCGACAUCGCCUCAAGGAGCCUGAGGCCACACAGCUCAACGAGGCUCUCGUCGGCCUCAUGGCCUUCAUUGCCUCGAAGCUUUACACGGCGCCGGAGCUUUUGCACAUCUUCUUCCACAAUCGAGACAAGGAUCCGAGAUUGACGACGAGGAGGUCUAGCGUCACCUCGAUUGCAAGCGCUAGCUCUGAUGGAACGCAACGGCCGGCGUCGCCUGCUGAGUCGACCACCUCUUCCACAGCAACGGUCAGGGCGACGGGGGCGACGUCAAGGAGCUCAGAGGACCCAGCUUCGGGACCACAUACUGAGAAACUGGCAGAGAGACCCAAAGCAUCAUACGACUUUCCCCUCUUCAUCUAUCUCCUUCGCUUUGUUCACUCUGAGGGCCAAACAGGUGCACUAGCGCGCGCUGGCCUCUCCGUCAUAGUCAAGAUGGCUUUCGAGACCAAAACUCUCGAUGCCUCUUCGUCUUUGUUUUCUUUCAGCACUCGUCCGCCAGGACGUCGCGUUCGCUUCAGCCAAGACGCAGACGAGAAUGCAUCUGCAGCACUCGAUCUGGCAGAGUAUGUGCUGGGUUCUGAUUUCGUCGACGUCAUUGGGGCAUCGUUGGGUGCCGUAUAUGGAUUGCUACCUUCAAAGCUGGCGGUAAUCACGAGUCAAGCUCCAGGGGAAGCGUCAGGUGGAGACGGAGGCAUGUCAUUGGGCGUCGACAGCGCCGUCAAUUUGGAGGACGAGCUGGCGCGCCUAGCCCGACUCAACAUCGAGGUCUCCAGCAGCCCGAACGUUGUGGAGCGAACCCAGCUCUUCGCGGACAUCUUCGACUUCCUUCAGCACGACGUACUCGCCACGGCGGCUCGCACCGCCUCGACCUCUGUCUCUUCCGAUCCAGCGCAGGACAGCAAAUCCAAGCUAGCCAAUGAGCUGGUCGACCGCCUAGCAGAGUCUGUCCGCCUCUCACUUUUGAACAACAUUCUCCUUCCCUCAAUGAUCGAGUCAGGCGAUCGAGACGGAAGCGCCACUGCUGUAAUGAGCUAUAUGGAAGUUCUGCUCUGCAUCCUGGACGAUGCGAGCCCGCUGGCAGAUACUGUCGUUUCAUGGCUGGUUCGAAAUGAGGACGACGAUGAAGGCGGUGCAAAGGAGGACACGAGUCACAGCAGCACUGGCAUUACAAAAGCACCACGACGUCGGAAAUCAACUGCUCUCACUCUGCUCGAGCGUGGGCGCCAGCAAUCGAACGACUCGCGCUUCUUCGACCCUUUCCUCCACUACACGGUCAAGAAUCUCAUUCUUGAUCACCUCUCUCCCACCACCAGCCACGGUACAGUUGCUGCCGCUCUGGGGCUCGCAAGCUCUUUCUUGGCGCGACAUGGCCGCUUUGCGCCUCAUGGGCUGAUUGAAGUCAGCAGGGAGGAGGCAGCCACUUGCUUCCCGGGAGGGCUUGGCGCACUGUACGCUAAUGCAGAGGAAGGGGAAAAGCCGGAAGAGGAUGAGGAGGAGGCCUUUGUAUAUCCGGGGGCGAACAAGGCUCCGGAGCGACGAGUCCUCGAUCCUCUGAGCCCCACGUCUCCCGGUCUGAGCUUGCAGCAACAUCUGCGUGAGCUCGAGCUCUACCACUCGCUCAUUUCGGCUCUUGAGGACACUUCAACGUCGACCAGCUCCGCGACAUCUUACGCUCACAGCACAGGCUACGAGAAAUACCUCGAAGACGCGCAAAAUGCACUCCUGAGCGAUAGCGCAUAUCGAUGGGGCUGUUCUCCCCGCGCAUCAGGCCUGACAGAUCCUCAUUCAGGCGGCACUCGUGCACCACCUGCCGCUCCUUUCACACCUUACACGCACCGGCUCGACCCCGAGGACACAGUACUGCGUGCAAUCCUGUCUCGUUUGCGGCGCUUCUUCGAGCAGCCACCGGAGGUAAACGUCUCACUCACGGCCCUCAUCAGCACAAUCUGCAUCUGUCCAUAUCGGAACCUCGAAGGAUUCCUUACCUUUCACGUCGAGCAAGGCGACACGAACACGGCGAGACCGUCUCCUGCCGGGCGUAGUGAGCAAGGCAGUGGCGGUCCCAUCCUUCUGUUGCUACUGCGCAGCCUCGUCGUCCAUGUGCAGACGUAUCGCUCUCAGGUGCCGGGUUUCGAUGCUGCGCUCGAGGAAAGGAGAAGAGGGCUGCUGUACGUGGAGAACUUGAGCGAUGCGCUCGCUGGAGCCACAGAUGAGGCAGAGGGCACACUGGGCGAAGUCAUGGCUGCGGAAGGGGCGGACGCUCUCUCAAUAGGAUCAGCGGGUCCCAUGGGUAGGGAAGGGAUGGAUCGCCUUUGGAGUGGCAGCACCGGGCUCGCUUGGCCGGGCUUUGAAGCGGUGGUACGCCAGGGCAGCGCGGCAUGGCAGACGGUCAAUGGCACCGGCACGAGCGGGAGGAAGAGCAAGGGGCAAGACGGGCCGGAUGCCAAGGUUGUGGACGCUCGUGAGCUCAAACUGCCACCACGGCCGUCUGAUGGUGGCGAAAACGAAUCUGGCGAUACUGCCACAUCGACUGCUCCGUCACAGCGGCAAACAAAUCAGGCAAAAGGGGUGAAGUCAGCAACAGCAGCAUCGACAUCAGCAGCAAUUCCUGCAGCAGGAAGUGGUCUUCUGAGCAACUCGACUAUGAAUCGACUUUUUGGUCGUGGAGCUCGCACACCCGCCCACUCCGAUCAACAUCCCGCACAGGUCACCUCCACGUCUAACAAGGUCGAGGGAAGACAGCCGGACGGGGACGUCAUGGCUUCCACUCCCUUCGCAGAUCAUUACGCGCAAACAGCUGCUGUGAGUCUCGAGCCGCUCUUUCUGGAGAUGCCACCCAGCCCAUGGAGCGGGCGCAAGACCACUCUCAACGGCAAUGGUAAAGCGGGCGGAGAGAAGAAGAGAACCCGCUUUCAGAUCGCUGGUGACGAGGACGAUGAGGAUGGUUCCCUCGAUCAGUCAUUCGACUCAAGUGCGUCGCGCGACGCCUACUACCCUGGCAUCGACGACGACGAAACGGAGGAAGCGAGACGCGCACGGCCGAGGGUGACGCUGAGCCAUUUGUUGGACAACGUGGUAUUGCUGGAAGAGUUCCUAAAGAUGCUGGCUGCCGUGCUGCAGGUAAGAAGGUCGAUGGGAGUGGAUAGGGUGAUUCUGUGAUCAAGAGUAGCUAGAGUACGACAGGAGAGAUAAUUGAUACCCCAUUCGCACGAG